AUGUCUCAAUACGUGGGCCAGACGCGCCUUGCGUAUUCCCGCUCAUGGCAUCUCCUCGACGUUGGCUCCGAUCCUCGCCCUCUCGGUCGUCUCGCAUCAUCAAUCGCAAUGUGCCUCAUGGGCAAGCACAAGCCAAUCUAUGACCCUUCAACAGACUGCGGCGACUAUGUUGUAGCAGUAGGCUGCCACGAUCUACACACCACUGGAAAGAAGCGUUUCCAAAAGAAGUACUACUCCCACACGACACGGCCGGGUAGUUUGAAGGAGAUCACAAUGGACAAGAUGAUGGCCAAAUGGGGAGGAGGCGAGGUUUUGAGGAGAAGCGUUCGGGGUAUGCUACCGAAAAAUAGGCUAAGAGACGAGAGAAUGGCGAGGCUGAAGUGCUUCGAAGGACUUGCACAUCCAUACAAGCAAAACCUGCUGCAAACGCCAGCAGGGAGAAUAGGGCAACUGCCGGAGGUGCAGAAGACACUCCAAGCAGAGAGUGCAUCGGCCGCAACAUCCACGGCAGAGGCAGCCAAAGCACCACAGUGA